CCAGACAGGAAGCGAGCUGCUGUUUAAAAAUAUUGGCGCUGGUGGUGAUAGCGAUUAACAGCUGCGCAUUGUUAGCAAGUUGAUUAUUUUAAUACGAGGUGCCGCUUUAAUUAGCAACAAAACAGUACUGUGAAAUGAGCGUUAACUGUUAGCUACAAACGCAACACUUGGAUCACUGCCGAGGAACCACAAUGUCAAAUGAUGUUUGUAGCCAUGUAAAGGUGGUGGUUCGGGUGAGACCAACCAACGAGAGCGAGAGACUUGAAAACUGUCGAAAUGUGGUCCAAGUUGUCGACAACCACAUGCUAAUAUUUGACCCCAAAGAAGAGGACUUAACGUGUUUUGGGUCACAAAGAGUGCGUAACAGAAACGUCAACAAGAGGGCUAACAAAGAUUUAAAAUUUGUUUUCGACCAUGUCUUUGAUGAAAACUCCACUCAAGUGGAUGUUUUUGAGAGCACCACCAAAGGUGUGUUGGACAGUGUGAUGAACGGAUUCAACUGCACAGUGUUUGCAUAUGGUGCUACUGGAGCGGGUAAAACACACACCAUGUUAGGCUCACAAAAUGACCCAGGGGUCAUGUACCGCACAAUGAAAGAGCUGUUCAAGCGCAUGGAUGAUGCCAAGGAGGAGAAAGAGUUUGCAGUGGCAUUUUCAUAUCUUGAGGUUUAUAACGAACAGAUCAGAGACUUGCUGGCCAAUGUUGGGCCUCUUGCUGUUAGAGAGGACGGCUCUAAAGGAGUGGUCGUUCAGGGUCUCACGCUGCACAAGCCCAAAUCUGCAGACCACAUUCUUGAGGCUUUGGAUUCUGGCAAUCGAAACAGAACACAGCACCCCACUGAUAUGAAUGCCACGUCUUCCAGAUCCCAUGCUGUGUUUCAGAUCUAUUUGAGGCAGCAGGACAAAACUGCCAGUCUCAAUCCCAACGUCUGCAUUGCCAAAAUGAGCCUGAUUGACCUCGCUGGCUCAGAGAGGGCCAGCGCCACCAACGCCAAAGGGGCGCGAUUACGAGAAGGUGCUAACAUCAACCGCUCCCUGCUUGCCCUAGGAAAUGUUAUCAACGCUCUUGCUGACCCAAAGAGUAAAAAGGCUCACAUACCAUACAGAGACAGCAAGCUGACGAGAAUACUGAAGGACUCCUUGGGGGGCAACUGCAGGACGGUUAUGAUUGCCAAUGUUGGCCCCUCAUCUAAAUCAUAUGAUGACACCCAAAACACACUUAAAUAUGCCAACAGGGCUAAGGAGAUCAAGUCCUCGCUCAAGAGCAAUGUCGUAAGCCUCGACAGUCAUAUUGGUCAAUAUGCUGUAAUAUGUGAGAAGCAAAAGCAAGAGAUUUUACAGUUAAAGCAAAAACUAAAAGAAUACGAGGGAAAGAGCGUGGUGCCUGGGGCUUCCAACACAAUCUCUUUGCAGAAGCAAGCGGAGUUCAAAAGAGUGUCUGAGGCGGUGCAGAGCAUCUUCUCAAGCCGUGGACAAAUCAGGUGUGAGCAGCUGGAUCUGGAGAGGCAACUGAAGGCGAAUGAGCUGCGCCAGCGCUACAGCGAGGAGGACUUCCUGCUGGUCCAAUAUUUCUGUGCCAAAGAGAAGACUGAGAAGGCCACUUGUAAGCAUGAGCGGAAGAUUGCCAGCUUACGGACUCAGCAGCAACACAUCAGCAAACGUCUGAAGGAGACAGAGACACGUUUCCUGGAAAAUGACGGUUUGCUUCAUCGCGUUGAAAACGAGAUUAAGUUGCUGAGGUCGAAUGAUCAGACCUCAGAGGUGUUAGAAAAGAGCCUGUACUGUCACAGACUAGAGCUGCAGGUAAACGAUCUCAAGCAGCACAUCAAGCAGAUGAUCGAGCUCACUACGCUGCAGGACCAGGAGAACAAACGCAUGCAGAAGAUGGUGAACAUCUUGUUGCCUGCUUAUAGUCGGCACUACUCGACGCUGCUUGGGGCUGGUUUGGCUACGGCGGCGAAUGAGAUGGAAAACCAAGAACUGGAGCACCUGGUGCUGAGGGAGAGAGGCGUGGUGUGGGCCGAUCAGGAAGGGGCGGGGCAGCAGCUGAAAGGCCAGGAGAUAGUGGUGAACUCACAGGAGAAAAAUGAGGCAGGAAAAAUUGGGCUCCACAGCGAGCUGGCACCCAUCCUAUCCUUCUCAUACCUGCAAUACCACCGGAGUAGCCCCUGCAGUGCAGAGAGCCUCUCUAAAAGGAUGUCGCAGUGCACCGCUGCUCCCUCACGUACAGAUGGAGCCCAGCUACAUACGGCCGGAGAAAAACCUCCCCGAAUGCCCAUCAGGAGGAAUUUAUUAGCGUUGCUCCCCCAGCAGAGCCCACAGACCAUCUCCACGUCCCAGGGCUUUGAGGACAGCAUGUUCCCUCUUCAGUACACACCAGAACCAGCUCAAAAAGAUGUUGAGCAUCUUCCCUCCUCCAGUAACAUGGAUCCAAACAUGACCUUUGACAUUACUGAUGAUCAGGCAACGAAUAAUGCAACCAUCCUAAUAAGCUGUCCGUCUCAAGCACCAAAGUCUGCAGAUGUCCCAGCCUCCAGCCGGCCGCGGCCACCUCCCAGGGCAGCAGGGCAAAACCCGUUUCCCUUAAGAAGACAACAAACGGCUGCUUUGCACGAUGUCAGGCGAGCCAACCCGACGUACAUGCACAUGACGUCUGCCGCUCAGGGGAAGCGUAAAUUAAACAGCAGCAUGAGAGAAGAUCUCACUCAGGAUUCUUCAGCACCGAAGCGUAUGAAGAAGGACCCUUUAGUGGUUCAGGGGCCGCUCAGAGUGCAGCGCUUCACUGGUUCAGAGAACAAACCCGGCAGAGUUGUGAGGAGCAUUUCCGAAGGGAAUCUCAGCUUCCUUGGAGGGCAGAAGUCCAGGUCCAUUUUCCAUAAAACCACCCAGCAGAUCAAACGAGUGGCCAAGCGGAUGUGAAGCCACACGUCCUUUAGGUCUUUUGCCUCUGUGGACAUUCUCACUCCAUCUUCUUCCGUCCAUAUUUGACUUUUAAUGUUGGGCUUUUUAUUUUUUUUGGGGGGGGGGGGGGUUCCUUUGAGGAAAAGUGAAAGAAUGAAUGUUCUGUUGUUGUAGAUCUCUCCAGCAGGAAAACUUGUGGUGAAGGUGAUGUACCAUAUUUGUGUUUUUAGUGUCACACUGCAAAGAAAUCUACUUGGUUGUAAAUAAAAAGCCUGUUGGUGCAGGUUUUCUGUAGAUGACUCUAGCUGGUGGAUUUUUAUGCAUAGUGUUCAUGUAAACUCUAAUAGCACAAAGUCAGCAUGUCCUGUGGAUGACCUCUGAUUUACAAACGUACAGUUCUCUAAAACAUCGAGUCUUUUAGGUGACCAUGUCUCCGAGGGCAGCUAAUAAAACUAAUGUUGGUCUGUUUGGAUGUUUUUUUUAAGUGUUUUAAUAUUUUGUACAGUUAUAGAUGCUACAUGAGGCAAGUGUUUGUAGCAGAAUGUUUUAUGUGAAUAAAUCCCUUUUUAAAGUCUG